AUGAAGCAAACCGUGAAGCUAAUCUUGUUGGCGUUGGUGCUCUGGGGAGCACAUUUGACAAAGGCUCAACAGGAAGAUGGUGAUAGCUGGUCGAUUGUUCAAUGGAGUGCCCGCAACGAGUGCGAACCAACUUUACUCUGUGGUAAUAUAAACAGUGGAAGUAAAUACGUGAGUGGCGCUGUUAUUAGCAGUACCCAGGUCCUUACCUCUGCAUCCGCUGUGCGGAGCGCGGGAACCGUAGACUCGUUCACUGUGGCUGUUGGCAGUAAUCCGAAUGUUGGCAAUGCAAAAGUUUACAACUAUGCAAGCGUUGAAAUACACAAAGAUUUCGAUUCGACGACCCGUGCGAACGAUGUGGCUAUCGUAACGAUUAACGGCACCUUCGACGGAGCACCAAACGUGCAUCCCAUAACCAUUGCCACCAGAGAGAUUGUGGUAUCUACCACAAAUCGCACAACAUGUGUAGUUGUUGGAUUUGGACAAACAGGGGAUUUUGCCUACACUUACACUAUGUCUCAAGCCCAAUACGAACUGCUUACUGAUCAGGAAUGUACCACUGCAUUUAAUCAAGCACUACCUCCCUCGUAAGUACUAAUUAAUUCCA